UGCUCAGGGGAAAGCAGAGGGAAGCUGGGACACACUGCCCUGACUCAUUGCCAGAGACAGCAGCAGCUUCUGCAGGUUCAAUGGGCCUCUGCUCUUUGGUCAAAUAAAACCCUGCAGCUCCAUUUCCAGCAACCAUCCCCUUUCGGUUAACCAGAGAGGAGGAGGAUGGCCUAUGCUGAGGAAGACAGAAAUAGCUAUGAGGCAUACAAGGAAACAGCGGAUUGGUUACGUGCCCGUACCAUCCAGCGCCCGAAGACUGCCAUCAUCUGCGGAUCUGGACUGGGAGGUCUGGCCGAUGUGUUGGAUAACAAGACAAUCUUUCCGUGUGAGGACAUCCCUCACUUCCCACGGAGCACAGUUGCAGGGCACAUUGGCAGAUUGGUGUUUGGGGACCUGAGCGGACAGCCCUGCGUGUGUAUGCAGGGACGUUUCCACUAUUAUGAAGGAUACUCUGUCAGCACGGUCACCUUUCCCAUCAGGGUCUUCUUUCUCCUGGGGGUGGAGAUCUUGAUUGUCACAAAUGCUGCUGGGGGACUGAAUCCCCACUUCCAAGUUGGGGACAUCAUGUUCAUUAGAGAUCACAUCAGCAUGCUCGGCUUGGGAGGGCAGAAUCCACUGCGUGGACCAAACGAUGAGAGGUUUGGAGUGAGGUUUCCCUGCAUGUCAGAUGCUUAUGAACAAGAUCUGCUCAGCCUAGCAAUGGAGAGUGCACAGGAGCUGGGCUUUCUGAGCUUCGUCCGAGAAGGAGUGUACUGUCUGCAGGCCGGUCCCUCCUAUGAAACUAUUGCCGAGUGCCGUGCGCUGCAUGCGCUGGGAGGGGAUGCUGUAGGCAUGAGCACUGUCCCAGAAGUAAUUGUAGCCAGGCAUUGUGGCCUCCGAGUACUUGGGAUCUCCCUCAUCACCAACAAAGCGGUGAUGAACUACAACAGUCAAGAGAAAGCCAACCACGAGGAAGUGCUGCGCAUCUCGGUGGUCCGGGCUGAAGCCCUGCAGAAACUGGUCACGCACCUCAUUGGCAAGCUGGGGGAAAACACAAACUCUCCGUGACCUCCAGCCAUUUAUCAUUCAUAUCGUAACGUGUGAACACUAGUGAGUGCUGGGGGAGAGCUGUUGGUGAGACUCUCCCCUUCUGCUCUCCUGAUUUUGAAUAGACAUUUUGAUCUUCGUCCCUGUGCUUUAGCUGGUCAGGCACAGAGGUUUGCUUCGAGUUUUGCCAGAAUGAUCCCCUUGUUAGUAGCCAGUGACCAAGACAGCUUUCUGGCACUUAAACAGGGUCUGACCUCUGACAGAUUCCCAAACCCAUAUGUCAGCAAUGAGCCCCUCGGUACCAUGAGCUCCAGCUCCCCCUCAUUCCACUGAGAGUAUUUGAUGUUUCUUGCCCGCGGUGCAGCCUCUCUCAGCUCAGCACCCUCCUGCCCCUGAGUGUCUGCUCCCUUCUUGUGCUGAGCCCCUACACCGGGAGCCAGGUCAAGAGUUGGUUGCAGGGCUUGGUGCCCGCUGGGCAUGUUUUGGUAGGGCCUGAUCUGAAGCCAGUGGAAGUCCACAAAAAGACUCUGAGUUUUGGGUAAGGACCUGGAUACAUAAAAUGGGGUAGGCUAAAGAUGAGAUCUGUCUGGAACAAGCAAUGCUGCAGAGCAGGUGAAUUGCAAUUGAUUUUAGAGCUUGGAAAGCCACUGCAUCCCAAUGCAUGGGUUUGUAUUCCCUUACCAUCCUAGGUGGUCUCCCCAGAAAGCCCUCUCUUUGCUCACUUCUUGGCUUUUCAUGACCAGCCACAGAGCUCAGUAGCUGUUUGCUACAAUGCAGCUUGCCCCCAACACCCCCUCACACCUCUCUGCUCUGUUUCCAGCCUUGAAUCACUAUUGCCCUAUUUAACAGUGUGAAAGUGCAGCUCAGGUACGAGGCAUGACUUGUCGAUGCACGGUGUGAGAGUGGCCAAGCUGGAAACAGGAUCCAGGUCCAGCUCUGCCUGGUUUUGUUCCUUCUGUUUCUGGAUGUCUUGGAGAUCAGCAGCUUGAGCCACUUACACUGGAGACCACUUACCUUUUGGUGUCCCAGGACAGAGAGAUCAGUUUGACCCAGUGUUUCACCCCAGCUUUGCUCUGCUGCAGGGACUGCAGCAGAUGUUGGAGCACCAAUGGUUUGUGGAGUUUAAUGAAAUGAAAUUACAGUGGAAAUUAUUUUGGAACAGAUAUGAUAUUUUUCUGACUUUCCUGGUCCUCUUACAUGAAGAAAUUGAGCCUAGCAGUGAGUAAAGGACAAAGAGGAGAGGCCACCAUGCUCUCUUUUACCAGUGUGCUGAUGGUCUGUCAAGGAAGGGCGACUAUUCACCAGAACGGUGCAUUAUUUAUUGUUCCCUAAAGGUCAAGCUGAGCCAUGGAUGUAGCUGGAUGUGAAACAGUGACUGUAAUUAUUAGGUAACCUUUUUCCCUUCAUUUAUCUUGGACCUCUCUAUAAAGCCCAUCACUGUCAUAGCUAAAUGUUUUCAGUUGACACAGUGGUCUGAACUGAAGACACCCAACUGGUCAUGGAGAGCUCCCAAUCUGCCUUCCUAAAUUUAGCUGAUCAAUUGUUUUCCACUGACAGUCGCCCUCCGUCACAGCCUUCAGCUUUCCAUGACAUUUCUUCAGCUCCAGGCGCAAAAGGAUGUUGUGGCCUGGUGAGUUUUUUCCAGACGGGCAUUUGCUUGAAGCCCUUCAUGCUGCAAUCAUUGGUGUCAACUGCUGUAUUAAUGGUGCAGAUGUUGCCACCAGGAGGAACAGAGUUGUGCCGUGCAAGUUUUCCGUGAAACGGUAGCAUUUCAGGUGUAGAAGAGAUCUUGGGGUGGCUGCUGUCCUCUUCCCUUCUCCUGAGCAGAGUUACCUGUGGGCAGUCCAGACAAAUAUCUGCCCAGCCUGGUCUUGAGGACUUCUGGAGGGGGAGGAUUCGUUGUCUGUGCUUUACUGGCCGAGUCACUUGUUCAGCAGCUCCUGACACUUGGAGGAGCCCUCUGAGACAGCAGCUCUUUCCAUUUGAUGGGUCUGACUGUCAAGACAGUCUCAGGGACCAGCUCUGGUGGUAAUAUGCAAAGGGAAGGAGACUCCAGCUCCUUUUGCCACAAGGCUGUUGCCUUUUCAGGUCUAGCAGGAGUGAAGUGCUCGUCAACGGUGGCAGCAAAAGCAGUGAAAUAUGAAAAGUGGCAGAUGUGCAGAGCAAGAAGGAACCACUUCUACCUGCUGCCUUUUCAGACUUGUCCCAGUAUGGGCUUGUUACAGGGCAGAGAGAGAGCAGAUAAUUUCCCCUGCCUAGAAAAUGGUGCUUCACAUUCAUCUAAUUAAUACUUGGUAAAUACAAAGUCUCUCAAGUGUGAGUGGAAGACAGCUGUGCUGCUAGCUGUAGCUAGAGAGCAGCCAGAGUAGCUAAGGCUGGGAUUUCAGCAGGCUCCAUUAAUUAAUCAGAGUCAGGCUGGACCGCACUGUGAAGAGAAGCAUCCAAAAAACCUGCUGUUGUGCUGGUGCUUCUUAAGCCAGGCUUGAGAUGAUGAGGAGCUUGGCAGCAGCACCUGCUUUCAGUAGGCUGGGUCUGCUCCUCUCUCCAGCCGUACCAGAGGCAGAGUGUGAAACCCAUACCAUGCACUUGUAUCUUGAUACAACUUAAAAUUUAAUCUGAAAAUCACCCUGCCAUUAAAUCUUUGGCAAACUA